AGACAAGGAAAAAGGGUAUAUUUUAUUACAGAAAAGGAAAAAUAAAAUGCAGUUAAGUGUAAUGUAAUGAGAAUUUAAGUAAUAAAAUCCCCCCAACAACACUCGCUUGCUUAUAAAGACGACACCAGUCUCCCUUGAUCCGAUCUAUUCUAUUCCAUUCCAUUCCAUGGCCUCUCUUCUCUGGUUCUGGUUAUGCUUAUGCUUCUUGCUAGACCCGUCAACCGCCGAUGAUAAGCGAACCUACAUCGUCCAAAUGAAUCACCAUCUAAAGCCCACAUCUUAUCUCACACAUCACGACUGGUACGCUGACAGCCUCCAGUCUCUUGCAUCUACCACCACCCCUGAUGCAAUCCUCUAUUCCUACACAACCGCCUACCACGGUUUCUCCGCUUCCUUAGAUCUGGAACAGGUUGAGGCCCUCCGACAAUCCGAUUCCGUACUCGGAGUCUACGAGGACACCCUCUACCAACUCCACACCACUCGCACCCCUGAGUUCUUAGGGAUUCAAGACGAAUUGGGAUUGUGGACAGGCCAACAACUCAAUGCGCCCGCCCAUGAUGUCAUCAUCGGCGUUCUUGACACAGGAGUGUGGCCCGAGUCCAGAAGUUUUGACGAUGCCGGGAUGCCCGCCGUUCCUAGUCGGUGGCGCGGUCAGUGUGAAGAAGGAGAAGAUUUUAAGCCAACCGUGUGCAAUAAAAAACUGAUAGGAGCCCGGAAGUUUUCUAAAGGCUUUAGGUUGGCAGCGGGGGUUAUUUCCAAAGAGAAGGAUUCGCCUCGUGACCAAGACGGUCACGGGACGCACACGUCAACAACCGCAGCGGGAUCCCAAGUGGCCAACGCCAGUCUCUUUGGCUUUGCUAGUGGCACUGCCCGUGGAAUGGCCGUGCACGCGCGGGUUGCCACGUACAAAGUUUGUUGGAAAACUGGGUGUUUUGGAUCCGAUAUCCUAGCGGGUAUGGAUCGUGCAAUUUCUGAUGGCGUAGAUGUGUUGUCUAUGUCUUUGGGUGGAGGUUCUGCGCCUUACUAUCGCGAUACGAUUGCCAUAGGGGCCUUUAAAGCCAUGGAGAUGGGUGUGUUCGUAUCCUGUUCUGCCGGAAACAGUGGCCCUGCCAAGACUUCACUGGCCAACGUGGCUCCAUGGAUAAUGACGGUCGGGGCGGGGACUCUAGACCGUGAUUUCCCGGCCUAUGCAAUUUUAGGAAACGGUAAACGGGCAACCGGGGUGUCUCUGUAUAGUGGGAAAGGCAUGGGUGAUAAACCGGUGGAAUUGGUUUACUUUACUGGUAAUUCAAGUAAUUUAUGCUUAUCCGGUUCCCUCCAACCGGAGGCUGUACGUGGUAAAGUGGUGUUUUGUGACAGGGGUGUGAAUCCGCGUGUUGAGAAGGGUCAGGUGGUGAAAGAAGCCGGAGGGAUCGGGAUGAUACUGGGGAACACCGCUGAGAGUGGAGAGGAGUUGGUGGCAGACAGCCAUUUGCUGCCCGCAGUGGCGGUUGGGAGGAAGACUGGGGAUGAGAUCAGGGAGUACUUGAAAACAGAGGCCAAUCCCAUGGCACUGCUUAGGUUUGGAGGGACUGUUUUGGGAGUUAAACCGUCCCCCGUGGUGGCAGCAUUUAGUUCCAGAGGUCCUAACAUGGUCACACCGCAGAUACUCAAGCCGGACGUGAUCGGUCCAGGAGUCAACAUCCUGGCUGGGUGGUCAGAAGGGAUAGGACCCACCGGCUUAGAGACCGAUACACGGAAAACUCAGUUCAACAUUAUGUCAGGUACAUCCAUGUCCUGCCCUCAUAUCAGUGGGUUAGCAGCCCUGCUGAAAGCAGCACAUCCAGGAUGGAGCCCCAGCGCCAUCAAGUCUGCUCUCAUGACAACCGCCUACACGCUUGACAACACCAGAUCACCCCUACGUGAUGCAGCCGGUGGACAACCUUCCACCCCGUGGGCUCAUGGAGCAGGUCAUGUUGAUCCACACAAGGCCAUCUCUCCUGGCCUUGUCUAUGAUAUCUCAACAGAAGAGUACAUUGCAUUCGUUUGCUCUUUAGGGUACGACAUCAAGCAAGUACAGGCUGUGGUCAACCGCCCCAACAUGACCGCUUGUACCAAAAGACUAGGGGACCCAGGCCGAUUGAACUACCCCUCGUUCUCGGUCCUUUUUGGGAAGUCGCGAGUGGUGAGAUACACCCGUCAGCUAACCAACGUGGGAGCUGCUGGGUCGGUUUAUAAUGUGGAAGCAGAGGCGCCACAAGGAGUUGAAGUUAGGGUCAAACCAAAACAACUUGUUUUCAAGAAUGUGGGAGAUAGGAUGAGGUACACGGUUACGUUCGUCUCCCAACGCCAACAACGAGGUGGAAGUGGGGAUGCAUUUGGGUCUAUAACUUGGAAGAAUGCGGAGAAUCAAGUUAGGAGCCCGGUUGCUUUUGGGUGGGAACGAUUUGCUUAGUUUGAUUUAUUAUAAUUUUGACUUGCACAUAGAAACCACAAUGGGCUCUGUUUCUAGUGCUUAAUUAAUUAAUGUAAUAGUAAUACACGCAAAGCAAGCAGCAGGUGUUGUUUAUCAUUAUCUAAAUGUAUGCAAUUAAGAGAAAGGAAGUUUGCAUUAUUAUUA